CAAGCAUUUAUGCAAUGGUUCAGAGAGUCCCUCACCAGUUCAGAAUAUGUUUCUAGCUUUGGUGCUGUCCAAUACCAUGCUCAAGAGAACUCCAAAAUUCUCUAGGCUUUGCCCAAACAAAAGUAUUCUUUUCUUGUCAAAUUUGGCAUUUACAAUAUGUAAGUUUCUAAGUAAGCAUUUCAAAAUGCAGAAAGCGCCAAACUGAUUUCUAAAAAUCAUGUACAACUUGGUUUGAAUGAAAAACACAGAGGCUUCUAUGGUAGCAUCAUCCUCUAGUGUCAAUAACACAAUCUCUAAUUUGAUAGGGAACUUAGCUCCUUCUAUCUGUUGUUAUUCUGUUAUCUUUAUUUGUUCUUGAAUUUGGAAUCUCUCUCCUAAUGCCUUCUGCUGCUGUAUCCUUGUUUCUUUUUCUGGUUCUCACCUCUCUUGAAAUUCUUCUUUCUGCUGGUGAAGAAGAGUGGCCGCCUAAAAAGUGCCCGCCCUUUAAAUGCGGUAAUUUUAAUGCACCGGGGGUCCUUUCCACUGGUAGCGGAAAUUUAAGUGCACCUGGGUGUGGGAUUUUCCCAAUUAAAGGGUGCAAUGAAACAGUUCAGAAGAUCCAACUGGAGAAGGGAAGAGGAAGAUGGUACACACUAGAAGGAAUGUCCCAAGGGGAGAGAAUACGGGACAACAAAAUUACCAUUCAGGAUGAUGAGCUUUUACAAUCUACUGAUUGUCAAUUCUUUGUCAAUUUGCCUCUUUCCAACUCUACUGGUAACUCUUUCCGUAUUCGUUCCAGCGUUGCUAUUCUCAAUUGUAGCAAAAGCCAUCCAAAAAAUGCCAUCCCCGAUUACUUCACUCACAUAAACAGAAGCUGCAACAACCGCAGUGUAUACUAUAGGAUCCAUGAUGUACCUCUUGAUCCCAAUUUGAAUGUACCUUCGACUUGUUCUCUUGUAUAUGAUUCCCCACUUAUGAACCUCCCUUCAUACAACAAAGACCACUUUACACCAUUGAUUGCCAACUUAACCAUACAUGUUGAAAUCAACCUUCCUGGUCCCGAUCAUGAUCCUGAUCUUGGUCCUGAUCCUUGUCAUGCAUGUAGAAAAAAUGGCGGAUGCUCAAGUCAUUGUACCAAAAACAGAAAAGGGAAAUUAGCAUUGAAGCUAGGAGUUGGAUUUGCAGGCUCAACUGGUUUUCUAAUAAUCUUGUCUAUUGUUAUCAUACGGCUUUGUGCCUACAAAAAGAAACGGGGCUCUUCAAACUUUACAAGAGGGAACACUUCUUCCAGUCUCUCCUGGAGGACAUCAGACCUGGAAGGGGGCGGUGUCUGCUUUGGAGUGGAAGUCCCUCUCUUCUCCUAUGGUGAACUUGAAGAAGCCACAAAUAAUUUUGACCACAAAAAAGAACUUGGAAAUGGAGGAUUUGGGACUGUAUACCAUGGAAAACUCAAAGAUGGGCGAGAAGUUGCAAUCAAGCGCCUGUAUGAUCACAACUACAAGCGUGUAGAACAGUUCAAGAAUGAAGUUCAAAUCCUAGCCCGCUUGCGCCACCAAAAUUUGGUCUCCCUCUAUGGCUGCACUUCACGCCACAGCCGUGAACUUCUCCUUGUUUAUGAAUUCAUUCCCAAUGGCACAGUUGCCGAUCAUAUCCAUGGAGAUCAAGCAAAACCUGGGUCAUUCCCCUGGCCUGUUCGCAUGAGCAUUGCCAUAGAAACUGCAACUGCAUUAGCUUAUCUCCAUGCCUCUGGGAUUAUCCAUCGUGAUGUCAAAACUAACAACAUUCUCCUUGACAAUAAUUUUUGUGUCAAGGUAGCAGAUUUUGGACUCUCCCGGUUGUUUCCCAACAAUGUCACUCACAUCUCAACAGCUCCACAAGGAACUCCUGGCUAUGUCGACCCAGAUUAUCACCAAUGUUACCAGCUCACAGAGAAGAGUGAUGUCUACAGCUUUGGAGUUGUUCUCAUUGAACUCAUAUCGUCCAUGCCUCCUGUUGAUAUCAGCAGGCACAGGCAUGAGAUCAAUCUGGCUAAUCUGGCAAUAAACAAGAUUCAAAAGAGUGCAGUGGACGAGUUGAUCGACCCAACUCUUGGAUACAAGUCAGAUGAGAACAUUAGAAGGAUGACUACUUCAGUUGCAGAGCUGGCUUUCAAAUGCUUGAAACAAGAGAAGGAAAUGCGACCUUCAAUGGUUCAAGUACUGCAGCAACUGAAGAGAAUACAAGGACAAGAGCCAAAUCUAGACAAUUAUAUGGAAGAGGGUCACCUCCAUAUUGAAGAGCUGAACAUUUUCCAGCCACCACCUUCACCACAAACCUCUGAUGAGGUUGCACUUUUGAAGAACAUUCGGCAGCUAUCUUCACCUACUUCAGUGACAGCCAAAUGGGUUAGCAUCAGUACGACACCUAAUAACAGUAGAUAAGAUUCUCUACCAUUUAGCUCUUUUUUUCUUUUUUUUUCCAGAGGAAUCUCCAUUUUGUUGUUUAUUUGCUUCUCUUGGUUUUGGGGGAAUGUACAUAGCUAUGGAGGUGUGAAUAUGGCAUUUAAUUUAAUGUUAAUCUUAUGCAGUUCAUUUAAUUCUUAC